CGGCCUCUGGCCGGGAUGGGCCGGCCGGGAAGAGGACGGGGACCCCCGGCCCCGAGCCCCUGUGCGACGAGCCGCUCAUAGUGGGAGCUGGUGCGUAGUAGGCUCCGAGGCGUUUCUGGAGAACUGCUUUUCUGGUCGGAGGAAGUAAAGUCCACCAGUUGACAAGCCCCACCCAUACAGACAGAGCUUCUCAUCAGCAUUAGAGUGCUGAUGGGCAGCCAAGGGAUCAGACAUGUGGGGAAAGCCUUCAGAAUGAAAAACAGAGGCCCGUGGAUUCAAGGAGAAUGAAAAGAUCUUAUAAUCAAUGGAUAAAGUGGGGAAAAUGUGGAAUACCUUCAAAUACAGAUGUCAGAAUCUUUUCGGUCAUGAGGGAGGAAACCAUAGUGAAAAUGUGGACAUGAACCCCAACAGGUGUUUGUCUAUCAAAGAGAAAAGCAUCAGUCUGGUAGACUCCGCUCCUCAGCAGCAAAGCAGUCCCUUAAGAGAAAAUGUUGCCUUACAGCUGGGAUUAAGUCCUUCGAAGAAUUCUUCAAGGAGAAACCAAAACUGUGCUACCGAAAUCCCUCAAAUUGUUGAAAUAAGCAUUGAGAAGGAUAAUGAUUCAUGUGUCACCCCAGGAACAAGACUUGCACGAAGAGAUUCCUACUCUCGACAUGCCCCAUGGGGUGGGAAGAAAAAGCAUUCCUGUUCCACAAAGACCCAGAGUUCUUUGGAUACUGAUAAAAAGUUUGGUAGAGCUCGAAGUGGCCUGCAAAGGCGAGAGAGGCGCUAUGGAGUGAGCUCAGUGCACGACAUGGACAGUGUUUCUGGCAGAACUGUUGGGAGCCGCUCUCUGAGACAGAGGUUACAGGACACGGUGGGCUUCUGUUUUCCCAUGAGAACUUACACCAAGCAGUCGAAGCCCCUUUUUUCCAAUAAAAGAAAAAUACAUCUUUCUGAAUUAAUGCUCGAGAAAUGCCCUUUUCCUGCUGGCUCAGAUUUAGCCCAAAAAUGGCACUUGAUUAAACAGCAUACAGCUCCCGUGAGCCCACAUUCAACCUUUUUUGAUACAUUUGAUCCGUCCUUAGUUUCUACAGAAGAUGAAGAAGACAGACUUAGAGAGAGAAGACGGCUUAGUAUUGAAGAAGGGGUAGAUCCCCCUCCCAAUGCACAAAUACAUACAUUUGAAGCUACUGCGCAGGUGAAUCCCUUAUAUAAACUGGGACCAAAGUUAGCUCCGGGGAUGACGGAAAUGAGUGGGGACAGUUCUGCAGUUCCACAAGCUACCUGUGACUCAGAAGAGGACACAACCACCCUGUGUUUGCAGUCACGAAGGCAGAAGCAGCGCCAGGUGUCUGGAGACAGCCACGCCCAUGUCAGCAGACAGGGAGCUUGGAAAGUCCAUACGCAGAUUGAUUACAUACACUGCCUCGUGCCGGAUCUGCUUCAGAUCACAGGGAAUCCCUGUUACUGGGGAGUGAUGGAUCGCUAUGAAGCAGAAGCCCUUCUGGAAGGGAAACCUGAAGGCACAUUUUUGCUCAGGGACUCUGCACAAGAGGACUACCUCUUCUCUGUGAGCUUCCGCCGCUACAACAGAUCCCUGCAUGCUCGGAUUGAACAGUGGAAUCACAACUUCAGUUUUGAUGCCCACGACCCAUGUGUUUUUCACUCUUCCACUGUAACAGGACUUCUAGAACAUUAUAAAGACCCCAGUUCUUGCAUGUUUUUUGAACCAUUGCUUACUAUAUCUCUGAAUAGGACCUUUCCUUUUAGCCUGCAGUACAUCUGCCGUGCAGUCAUCUGCAGGUGCACUACAUACGACGGAAUUGAUGGGCUCCCUCUACCAUCAAUGUUACAGGAUUUUUUAAAAGAGUAUCAUUACAAACAAAAGGUUAGGGUUCGCUGGUUAGAACGAGAACCAGUCAAGGCAAAGUAAACUCUUCUGUCCCCAAAGGGCAUUAACUAGCCUUGCUUUCACGUGCAUCAGUACACCUCUCAGAAGCACAGUAUCAGUGCUAGGUUUUCUCACAUAGUCUGUAAGUUUAGUUACUAGUCUCUGUCCAAUGCUGUUACUUACUAAGACAAACGUGGUGCUACUGAAACAACAGGUGUUUAGUAAAGCUAUGAAAACAUUUGCCAGUUUAGCUAAGUUUGGUUUUCAAUGGCUGUAGUAAUUAAGUGAGGCAACUCUGGGGCAUUUGCUAUUUCUUACUAAAGAACAAAUUACUAGGAUGAGUAUUCCAACAGUGUGACUAAUGUUUGAAAUUAUUUUUUCUAAGAAUUUUUCUAUAAUCUUCCAAAAGUUAGUGAUGUUUGUAGUUACUAAAAAUCAAGCUUUGGAAGUCCAAAAAACAAAACAAAAGACUGCCUUCCUUUUAGGGGAAAAAAAAUGCAACUUUCUGGCCACAAGGGCAGAGUGCAGUUCACUUUGAGUGUUGAUGUAGUUGAUAGUCUCCUUUUCUUUGAAAGGUACUGUUAAAUCAGGUUUUCUAAACAGUCAUUCUUAAAAUUUCAGACUUACAAAGUUUAGUAUUAGAAUAUUUAUUUAAAGGUCCUAGGUAUUAAUUUUUUUUCAGCGAACGCUUUAACUUAAAGCAGGUAUUUGGAAUAGCUGCUGCAGUUGUAGUCCUGUGUGUGAUUUUUUUUUUAAGUUGACAUGUGCAGUCUAAACAUUGUUUCAUUAAAGUUGGAUGUUUCCUGUGCCCAAGAUGAGUGUAUGGACCAUGAAGAAAAUGAGACAGAAAUUGCCCCAAGUCAGACAGUACUACAGUGGUUGCUGUUGAGAUUAUUGUUGAACUAUAAUUAAUAAUUUGGAUGGCAGUAUUUAUCUCUUUGUUGUAAACUCUUAUAGCCGAAUUGUUUAAGUAUAAUUUAUAGAACUUCAGUGCAGUUAAUUCUUCAUGGAAAAACCUGAAACUUAAAUUGCAGAUUUAAAAGGUACUGUACAACCAUUGUAACUGUAAAUAACUUUACUUAGCACCUUUUUUGUCAGUUAGAAUAGUAUAUAAUACAACUUGAGUGAGCGUUUUGGGAAGUAUUACCAAGUUCUAGUGUUUGCUUAGUAUUGAACUGAGUCUUCAGUUCUGUCUUAGACAUUUGCACUACAGUAGCCUAAUCCGUUCUUGUGUCCUUUUGUUACUGUGGUCUGUACCGCUGGCGAGUGUCCUUAGUUUCCUUACCAGUUGCUACAGAAGGUCAUUUUAUAUCCCUAUGGCUAUUGCCAAGGCUACAAAAGAGAAAAGCUAUAUUUGUAUGCAACACUAACCCCUUGACUGCUAAUGUAUGUUUCUGCUUGCUGUGCCUUGUUAUGGCUGCUUUUUUUGUGCUAAUAAAGUAUGUUUGGUGUUCUCCUUGUAUAUCUGCUGUUUUAUACAUUUGCAACAGUUUCUCCUGUAUGUGGAACGGUUGGGGUUUUAAAUAAGCAUUAUUGACAACCUACUAAUAGUUAAGGCAGAUUUACCUACAGUCUGAUAGUGACAUACCAGAGUAAGCUAACUAAAUUUAAUGCUUUUCUAAUAAUCACAUAUAUACUGUGGAACAGUAUAGUUACUGAAAAUCACUGUACAGUUUAGGUUACAACAGAAAAUUCCCAGAGAAAUGAUAAAAAGUAUCGACUUCUCUGAUUGUAAGUGAAAGAUUGAAACUAUCAGUGAUAUAGUAAAUGAGUAUAGCAUCCAACUACAUUAGAAACAGAUUAAAUGAAGUCUUGUGAACUAAUACUACAUCAGCACCAUUUAUUGGUUUGGGGACCAUUUUACUGAUCUAAAUGCUCAAAAUAUAGAACUUUAUAACCAAAGACUUGUCCAUUUUAAUGCAAAUGGAUGUUGAAGGGACUUAAAAUUUGUUAUUUCUAGAAGUCCCUAAAGAACAUAUACCAAAGUGUUUGAGAACUUCAUCCAAACCUACUUUAAAAGCAUUAUGUGCAAUUAAGUUGUUACAACAUAAUUAUAUUGCAUAAUUGUUGGGUUCGUUUUCUUGAGCUUACAAUAUACCUGGAAAAUAAACCUCUUGAGAGAAGAAAGACCAUACUGAUUAUUGGAGAAGGACUAUAUAUGCAAGCAAGAUGGUGUUUUGAAGAGGUAACUUGAAACUCCAAGAAAGCACUUGAUGUUUUUAUAUGCUUGUAGCAAAUCAAUGUUCUAACUGUAGUUUUAUAGAAAGUAUCGAUGCUUUUAUGUAUUUCAAAAUUUUCAUAUGUUCGAUGGAAAUUGUUUUAAAUGUGUAACUAUUUGAGUUUAUGUAAGCAUGUAUACACUGUGCUAAAAAUCACUUAUGUUUCAAUUUGUGUAUAAUAUUAAUAUGUAGUUUUUGUUUUAAAUUUUUUCUUAAGGUAUUAGUGGCUUACAUUUUUAAAAAGAAAAAUCACCAGCAUGAAAGUGUACCUAAGUCUAUAUUCACUGUGUCUUUUCUGAAUCCCAUUGUAGCCUGUCAACUAAAUUUUGUUUCUAUGGUCUGUUUGCAUUUUAUUAUAAACCAGGAAAUUAUUUAGAAGUUGGGACAUGUCAAAGUGAAAUAACCCAAGCAAAGGGUUGUUUUCAUUCAUACCAAUUUUCAUUCAUUGUUCUUUCCCUUCCUUUUCACACACCUUUUUCCCUUUUCUCUCUCCACGCCAUCAUCUUCUUUCCCUUUACUUUCCCUUUACUUCUUCCGUCUCCCCCAUACACAUGUAUCGUAUAUUUAAGUAUAUAUAUGUAUACAUAUGUAUACAUGUAUACAUAUAUUUGUACAUGGUGUUAACAUUAGUUUGGACAGUAAUAUGCCAUCUGAAUUAACAUUUACAGGCUUCAUUCAGUAGCUAUUAUCUGAGGAAUAUUCUUGUACCACUCAGACUUUAUUAUCUGCUCCUAAAGCUUAGCUUUGCCACUAUAGGCUAAUUUGUAAUAGUCGCCAAAUAGAAUUCAUCAGUAUUUUUUUUUUCACGGGAAUGUGCAUAGCAGCUUUAUUUUUUCUUCCCUGGCUAAUCAGGAAAAUUAAAGAUGAAACAACUUGCUUUACAAUUUUAAGAGUCAUAAUUAAAUUUAUAUUUCAUAGAUAAAAAAUUGAGCCCAAAUCAUCAUUCUUCACCAACCAAUAUGUGUUCAUCUUGUCCUUUAGAAGGUUUUGUAAGAUUUAGAAUGGCUUGAACUAUAAAAACUGAUACUUGAAUCCCAAGCUUUAUUUUUACAAAACCCAGAGUUUGUGUCCUUUUUUUAUUUGGCAUUUUGAUCUUCUUGCUGUUUGUUUUCAUCCCAAAGCUUCCUUCGUUCUGUGGCACUAAACACUGAUCUGGUGAGUUGUGGAGACUAGCGUUGACUCUUACUUUUAUAGCAAAAAGCAAAAGUUGCUUUUUGGUAGAAGUGAAGAGCCCAUGAGUGAGUCCGAAUCGUAAUAGCUCAGUGUGUGUCCGCGAAGGGCACAUCUCACCAGGUCAUCUGCUUACUCUGCACUCCGGUGCGUGCAGUUUCACUUAGAUGGAAUUUGGUAAAAAUGUACACAAAAGGCCUGCAGAGAGGUGAGAAAAGUUUCCAGAGGGGAUGGUUCUGCUUGGUGAGUGUGAAUAAACAAAAGGAUGUGUAAGAACCCCAGGUCUUGUUUCUUAUUUUUGCAACCCCUAAUGCAGAACAGACUUUUUAAAAAAUAUUCUGUUCUAAGGAGAUUCAAGGUAGGAUUUUUGUGGGAAGUAGUCGGUCGUUGUGGGAUGGGGUUGUGGAGAGUUUGCCAUUACAGCAUUGCGGCAACUGUUUUCAUGCCUAGGAAUCUUGACUGAGUAGAUUUUUCAGCCAUUCCUUCAACAAAUGUGUGCCAGUCACUGUAAAGGGUAAAAGGUGGUGUGCAGGACAAAGCUACAGCCUUCUGAAGCUUGUUUGUGUUAGUAGAUAAUAACUGCAAGGAAAUACUUAGAAACUCAGAAACUGAAUAAGGCACAGAAUAUGGUAAUAGGCAAAUGGGCAUACUUUCAUAGCAUCACUGGAGAAUAGUAAACUUGAAUGAUGAGCCAGUUUCACCAAGGUCAAAGGAUGAAGCUUUUUAGCUAAAGAGAACAAUAACCCAGAACCCUCAAAGCAGGAACAAGUUCAUAGGCUGAGAUAACCUGAAUCCAGUGAAUGCAGUGGGAAAUAGUAGGCAGUGAGGUUCUGGAGAUUGGUAAAGGUAACAAGCCAAGAGUAAGAACUUAGGUUUUCUUAAAAUGUGAUGGAAAGCCAUUGGAGAAUGUUAAGGAAGGGAAUGACUUGGUCUGCUUUAUAUUCCUUUGGUAGUUGGAGAACAGACAGCAGUGAGGUAAAAUAAAGACUUCAUUCAGGAGAGAUUCCAGGAGCCUGGGCUAGGGUGGUAAUCACGGGGAGAAUCAGUUUCAGCACUUUUUUUUUUUUUUU